AAAAGCACAGACAGCUAAGGUGAGACCACCUCCACUACUCAAGCGUUACCUUUCCUCUUAAGGCAACACCUAAUCCCUGCGCCGAGACAGCAUGCAGCACAUCUAACCACCGACUGGACAGAUGCACGCAGCGGACCAUCCCAACUCUUUUCUCUUCUUUUUUUAAAUGGAGACCCCCCUGUAGGAGCGAGCCCGGCCCGUUUUAGUGGACCGAUGCUUAAUAUUGCGUCUGCUCUUAACGCCAUGGACAUGUUUGGCCCUGGACAACUGGUAUCCACUCUGCUGCCUGCAGUUUUCCACUCUCCCGCGGCUCACUUCUUCCCGGCGUUCCCCACCCGACUGGGCUCUCAACCUCAGAUCCUGAUCCCGGGACCCUUUUUCAGCUAUGAAUCCUUGAGGAAUUAUCUGCAGCCAGAGCCGUGCAAGGAGGCCUUUCUCCUGGCCGCACAGGCGGCCGGCAUGGGACCACCGCCCGAGGGCGUAGAUGAACAGAGGCCAGUGAAGCAGCGUCGUGCACGGGCCAACUACAGCAGCUGGCAGCUGGAGGAGCUGGAGAAGGCCUUCGAGACCACCCACUACCCAGACAUCUUCAUGAGGGAAGCCCUGGCCCUCAGACUGGACCUCAUCGAGGCCAGAGUGCAAGUUUGGUUUCAAAACCGGCGUGCCAAGAUGAGGCGGCAGCUCAAAGUGCAGGGUCCGCUCGGGGGGCCGUUUGUAAAAAGAGACAACGAAGACACGUUGGAGAAAGCCAACGCGACCCUGAAACAGCCGACGGACUGUUCCAACGGCGAGCACCGGGAGGGGCCGCAGGAAGGAGGAAACUACCCGUGGACAAAAAACGCGAGUGUGCGCGUGCGUCCCGCGACCCGGAGGCCGGGGAAGUGGGAGGGGCCCGAGGGGCCGGAGGGGCUCAGCCCCGAUGAGCUCCGCUCCUGCAGCAUCGCGAAGCUGAGGGCCAAAGCCAGAGAGCACGAGGCCGAGAUCCACGGCGCCGUGAGCGCGUCAGGAGGCGAGACGCGGCCACAAACGCAGGAAGGCGAUUGAUAGUUUUCCUUCUUCCUGUUUGUACAGAUGAUAAUGGAGAGACUGCGAAUUCACACUAUUAAUGCGCAGUGACAUUAUUUAGCUUAUUACACAGCGUUAAAGUCUUCUUUACAUGUAAUACUAUCAAAUUAUA